AUGGCGCAACCUCCCUGGACCAUGCCCACGAGCACCACCCACCAGCCGCACUUGAAGGUCUACAACUCCUUGACCCGGUCGAAAGUCCCCUUUGUCCCUAUACAGCCAGGGCACAUCUCCUGGUAUGCCUGCGGUCCCACGGUCUACGACGACGCCCAUCUGGGCCAUGCACGCAACUAUGUGACUACGGACAUCAUCCGUCGCAUUCUGCGCGACUACUUUGGCUUCAAAAUUCGCUUCGUGAUGAACACCACCGACGUCGACGACAAGAUCAUUCUAAGAGCGAGGCAACGGCAUCUAUAUGAUGAAUACAAGAAGAAACACAGGUACAUCGACGAUCAAGUUCGGCGAGACAUCCGCGAGGCCUGGCUCUUCUACAUCCAGAAGAACCUCAAACGCAUAAGACCCAAGGACAUGGUCGCCCCCGAGAACUUCGACGGAGUCGUCGAUGCCAUCUACGGAGACAUUCUCGCAGGAGGGAGCCUGGAGCCGGGUGUCAAGGCUGGUGACCGGGAGGCGAAGAUCAAGAUGCACAUCAACACAGCCCGCAACGCGGCGAGAGCGAUGAUUCAAGAUCCCAAAAUGCUGACCCCACACGAGUUCUACAACCGUGUGAACGACCCCAUGUGCCUGCUCUUGGACGAGCAGUUCGGUAACACGAUCCGUGGGGACGACUAUGGCGUAUUCACGAAACUCACAAAAGAAUAUGAAGCGCGGUUCUUCCAGGACAUGCACGAUCUCAACGUCAUGGACCCGGAUGACCUGGUGCGGGUCACCGAGCACGGAAAAGAGAUUGCCGAGUUUGUCAAGAAGAUUGUCGACAACAAAAUGGGUUACAGGACGGCAGAGGGUUCGGUGUAUUUCGACAUAAAAGCCUUCGAGGCGGCUGGUUACCCGUAUGCACGGCUAGAACCGUGGAACAAAAACGACAAGGAACUGCAGGCCGAUGGAGAAGGUGCUCUGUCACAGAAAGACGCCACUGUCAAGAGAUCCGAGGCCGACUUUGCCCUCUGGAAGGCAUCCAAGCCCGGGGAGCCAAGCUGGGACAGUGAAUGGGGGCCCGGUCGUCCGGGAUGGCACAUUGAAUGCUCGGCGAUGGCGUCCGGAAAGCUCGGUCAUCAGAUGGACAUCCACUCAGGCGGGAUUGACCUGGCUUUCCCUCACCACGACAAUGAGCUUGCCCAGAGCGAAGCAUUCUGGGCAAACCAUGGUCAGUGGGUGAAUUACUUUCUCCAUAUGGGUCAUCUCUCCAUCCAAGGAUCGAAGAUGUCGAAAUCGCUGAAGAACUUCACCACCAUCCGAGAAGCUCUUCAUGUCCGAAAGGACUGGACUUCGAGGAGUCUGCGGAUUGUUUUCCUGCUCGGAAACUGGAAAGACGGGAUCGAGAUCACGGACGACAUGGUCACCGAAGGCAGAAACUGGGAAGAUCGUGUGGACAACUUCUUCCUUAAUGCCAUCGAUGCCAUGAAGAAUACGACCACCGCAGAUGAACAGCGAGCCAGUCUAGAGGAUGCCGUACAGGACGCAGAAGAGAAGGUCCGAGCUGCGUUGCUCGACUCCUUCAACACACCGGUCGCCAUGAACAUUAUCUCACAGCUAAUAAACACGUACAAUACCGCCGCCAAAAAUUCCGAGUUAACAGCAGCAGAUCAUCGCCGGGUCGGCCUCUUCGUUACACGUCUCGUCAACAUCUUUGGUCUGAAUGGCUCUGAGCCGGGAGACACGGAUCGGGUUGGCUGGAAAGGUAUCGAGAUCCCCGACGCCGCGAAAGACUUUGUCUACCCACUGGCCAAAAUUCGAGACCGACUGCGUCAAGCCGCCAUUGCCAAAGCCAUCACGGCCGAGAAAGUCCAGGAAAUUGUUUCCACCACGCCGACAGGUGUCGAAGAAACCCCGUCGGUUGGACGAGCGCGGCCUUCGUAUGCCCGUGCACUUAGCGACUUCAACAGAGACGCCCUUCAAGCCGCCUCUUCCACCACUAGCUCGGAUUCCUCGAGUGAUCUUAACAAACAAAUCCUCGCACUCUGCGACCGGGUCCGAGACAUCGAUCUUUGGCAGCUGGACAUAUUCCUUGAAGACCGGGAGAACGCGCCUGCCCUGGUCCGCCCCGUCACCGAAGGACUUAGAGCUGCGCGGCGCGAAAAGGAGGAAAAGGCACGCCAAAAAGAAGAAGCGAGAAAGCAGCGCGAAAGAGAAGCGCAGGAGAAGCUCCAGAAGGCCAAAGUCAGUCCGACCGAGAUGUUCAGACCACCGCAUUCGGUCGACUAUUCAGCGUGGGACGAAGACGGUGUGCCGACGAUGGCCAAGGACGGGACGCCGCUGACGGCAAGCCGGGUGAAAAGGUUGAAGAAGGAGUGGGAAGCACAGAGGAAGGUGCAUGAGAAGUAUUUGGCCACGGUCCCGGUGCCGGGCGGUUCAGGCUCAUCUACUGCUGCUCGCUAG